GCCCCUGUCCCAAACGAUGCCACCGCCAGACCAAAAUUCCUCUCUCUCAAACCCUUCCUCCCAUCCCGAUCUGCCGCGCCUCGCCCUGGAUCGCCCGCUCCGCCGCUCCCCGGCCCGCCCAGCUCCACUGCUCCCCUGCUCGCCUUGCUCCGCCGCUCCCCUGCCCGCCUCGCUCCGCCGCUCCCCUGCCCGCCUCGCUCCACCGCUCCCCUUCUGUUUCUCCUUCUGUACUGCAUCCGUGACCUAGUCACACCAUGGUCGCGACGGGCGCGGUGGCCCUGGCCACGCCGGCUGGGUGACGGCUUGGUGCCGCUCGUGGUGACUCCAUCUGCGACGCCCUCAACUCGUGCUAACUACGCCGCCCUUAACCGUGGUGGCGGUGUCAUCCUCGCUGAUUGGACGACAACCGGAUCUGCCUGCUGUUGUACGCCGCUGCUCCUGUCGAAAAGAAACUGACUAGUGUCGGGUGUUGUUUGCUUGAAGAAAAUUUCCCUGUUCGUGGUGUCGAAACAACAGUUGUGUCAAAGCAACAAAGAACAAAGACAUUGCUCAACUGGAAUCAAGUAGGUAUUAUGAUCUGUUCUUUCCAUGAAUAAAUGUCGAUUAAUGCAUUGUUCAUCUGUGUGAUAAACCGGGGUUAUUUUUUGUUGGCUGAUGAGUGGUUUUCUAUUUUAGUGUGUAUGAUGCAUUCUAUGUGGGGAUGCGGCUGGUGAUUGUAGCAAUUUAUUUUUAUUUCAGAUUUAAGUAGAAAACCAGACCAUGUCUUUGGAUGCUCAGCGUAGCUGGAUGUAUAGUGGGUGGAAGGAUAAUGGAAGACAUUCUGAUGAGUGGAUACGGAAUACAAAUGCUUUUGUGAACCAUGUUUUUUAGGGUGUCCGUAGUUCCAAGUUUGGAGUUUCCUAUCCUUGCUCAAAAUGUUGCAAUGGUAGUAGAAGAACAAAACAAUUGAUGACCUCUCAUCUUUGUCAUUGGGGGUUCAUGCCCAACUAAUGGAUUGCACAUGGGGAGCGUCAUGUUCAUGUAGAUAGAGUGGAGUCUGUCAACAUUAAUUGCUUAGAGGACAUGUUGUGUGACUUUGGGGAUUCAAUUCAUGUCGAUAACUCACACGAGGAGCCAACACCGGAUGCCAGAGCUUUUUACGCCAUGUUGUCAGCUGUUAGAGAGCCACUCCAUGAGUUCACCCAAACCCCACGCUUUGCUACUGUUACAUGCUUGAUGGGAAUUAAGUCACAAUACAAUCUGUCAGGCGACUGCAUAAAUAGCACUUUCGCAAGAUACACUCCCACAAGUCAAUAAAAUGCCAUCAAGCUUGUAUGAGUGCAAGUGUAUCUUAGGCCAUUUGAAAAUGCCACUCCUGAAAAUAGAUGCAUGCGUUAACCAUUGCAUGCUAUACUAUAAGGAUAGAGAGGAAAAACUGAAGUGUGAUUUCUGUGGUGACGCAAGAUAUAAGGUAGUUAACAAUGACUGCCCAAAUAAGAAGCGUAAACCCAUCCCACGUAAGGUUAUGCGAUACCUUCCAUUUCUAUCAAGAUUGCAAAGGUUGUUCAUGCAGCCUGAAUUUGCUAAGCACAUGAGAUGGCACAUGGAAGGCAUCCGAGAAAAUCUAGGAAUGAUGGUGCACCCAGGUGAUAGUGAAUCAUGGAAAUCUUUCAAUGAGGAUGGGUUUGCAAGUGAUCCACGCAAUGUUAAGCUAGUCAAGUCCUCUGAUGGCUUCAACCCUUUUAAUUUCGGGUUAACACAAUACUCUUGUUGGCUUGUGUUUCUUGCUCCUUUGAACCCGCCACCUGCUCUUUACUUGAAAACCCAAAAUAUCUUUCUUAGCAUGGUGAUCCCUGGACCAAAGGGUCCUGGCAAGAACUUCAAUGUGUACAUGGUCUCUCUUUAAUGGCAUUGUCAAUGACAUCGAGGUUAUUUCUGAGGUGAGAGCUACUGGUACAUCUCCAGCAGCCUUGAAACGUCGUCGAGCAGAAGAAAUUGAAGAUGUGCGUAGAAAGGAGUCUGAGAAGACUAAAAAAGCAGAGGCUUAUGCCAACAAUCUAUUGUCAUGGGGUGUUAGCAUGUACGAGCACUGCAAUGGGAUACAUAAGUUUCUUCAGACUUUGGCAACUAACCAAGGUGUACCUAUUGGAGAAAUACCACCGCCGCCGGUUCCACCUCCUUCACGUUCACUUUCUCCUCCUGGAUCUCCACAACCAUCUACUAUCCAAAUUCUAGAAAAUAGCGAAGAACCGCCAGCUUUGUGUGCCCAACAAGAAACAAAUCCCGGCUCUUUUCAUGAACAUGGUGUUGCCUCAAGUGUUCCUGCUGCAAGUGUUCCUGCUGUAGAUGAUGAAGGGAUGUUUGGGGGAUUUUUCAGUCAAUCUGGAGCUGGUGCACUCAGCCUAUCACUAUUGAGCAGCCAGUUGGUUCCUUGAUGUUCUUGGAUGUAUAGUGCGUGGAUCGCAUUUUGGUGCAUGUAUAGUUAACAUGCUGGUACAUGUUCUGUGAUGUAGGAAACUGUGAUACGUCUCCAAUGUAUCUAUAAUUUUUGAUUGCUCCAUGCUAUAUUAUCUUCUGUUUUGGACAUUAUUGGGC